UUAGAUACAUCAUGUUCAAACCUAAUGGUACCAAGACUUUAUUGCAGGUAAGUGAAAGCUAACUCGAAAAUCUUUGUGGAGUUCACUUAAAGAUAUAGCCUUUAGAUAAUUGAAAAUUAGAUGGAAAGAUUACACCUUUAUAUAACACUAAUCGAUGCGUAAUUUUUAUUUUUUUACAAAAAUCUAUCAACACUUUUAGCAAAAACUCAGAACAAAAAAAAGUUGGAUAUUCUAAGAGGGGAGUACAGACUACAGACUCACAAUACAAAACAGACAAUCAUAAAGGUUAGUAGUAAAAAAAAACUGAGUGUUAAAAGAUAGCCCACUUUUCCUCUUAUCUUUCUCUAUUUCAUAGAAUAAAGAAGAUAUUACAAGUAAAAUAAAAACUCAAUAAACAGAAAAGACACAAUCUUUUUCAUGCACUAUUAUUUGGGCUAGAGAGAGACAUAGAUCAAUCAAAGAGAGAGAAAGAAAGAGUUUGCUUUUGAGUCUCCCAAAGAAAUGAGAUUGCAGGCUAUGAAUAUACAGAAGCAGUAUCUCUUGUUGUUUUGUAGUCAGGAAAAAAAAUUUGGGGACCUUUUUUUUUUCUUUUACCUGUCAAUGUCAUUUUCUUCAUUUUUACACUUGGUCUAGUAUGUUAGCUUUGCUUUUUGGGAGAACUUCUACAGGUCUAUUUUCUUAGCUUCUUUUUUCUUUUGUUUUUUUUUAACUUUGUGAGUAAUUAAUAUUUUAUAUCUUUGUAUAAAAAAGAGCUUCUUUAGCUUUCUUUGUAUAGAGGUUAUAAAAGAGAGAAACACAACUUCUGUCUUUUGCUGUUAUCAGUUACUGUUCUGGAUAAAUAUUUAUGAACCCUAAGGUUUAAGUACAGUUUCUUCUCUGAUGAAAAUCUUUAGGGUUUUACACAUUAGAUCAUCUUUCAGCCAUUUUCAUCUUUUUUUUUUUUUGAAUCCAAAUUCUUAUUUAUUCUUCCUCUUUGAUUUGGGUAGUUGAAAAAGUAAAAAAAACCCAACUCAAAAAUCCCAGAAAGAAAAAAGGAAAAGAACUGAAAGUUCAUGUUUUUGACCCCACAAAACAAAAGUGGGCAAAGUUAGAUUCCCACUUCUGAGUAGCUUCUCUUCUUUCUUCCAAAUUUUGCUACUCAGAUUUGGUUCUUUCCUGAAGAAUCUUUGAUGAAGCUGACAUGUUGAUGUUUAUAGAAAUUCUCUGAUAUUAAAGCUUUUUGUUACUCUAACAAAGUAAUUGCUUAAAAGUAAAAAGAAAUUUCCCUUUUGAAUGAAUAUGGUUUCACAAGAAACACACACCAACCCUACUUCUUCAAGUAGUUUACACCAUUUUAUAAUCUCAAAUCCAAUUACUUCCCAAACCCAUUUUGAGAACCCACAUUUUGAUGCAUAUGGUUCUGAGAUUAAUAUAAGGGUUAGUUCAAAUAACCCCUUUUCAGAUCAUCAAUCUCUUGGUACUACCCAAUUCCCUACAAUUCAAUCUCUUGGAGAAAGAAUGUCAAGAUCAAUAAACCUUGUUCAUCAUGAUCCAUCAUCAGUAGUAGUACAUCCUGAUGAUCAUUCUGAUAUGGGUCAUACUAGGCAUCUUAUGGACCUUCUUGGGGCCUCAAAUGAGCCUACUCAUGGGUCGAACCGGCUCUCGCUUUCGCUCGGUUCUCAAGUCCUUCAUACUCCUCAAUAUAGGCAGAGAGCCUUAAGCUCAGAUCUCAUUCACCAAGCUUAUAAUAACUUGGUUAGUUCUUCUGGUGAUCAUGAAACAUGUAAUCCAGGAGACUAUUCUUACAUGGCAAAUUCCUCUUUUACUGCUUUUUCGAUCAGUAAUUCGGUAUACUUAAAGCCUGCUCAAUCGAUUCUCGAAGAAGUGGUUGAUCUCGGGAGUAAAGAUAUCGAAUUAAACGAUGUAAAGAGGUUGUUUAUGAGUAGCAGAGGACUCUGUGCUGAACUAAGAGCAGAAUUGAUGAGUAAUAGCUUCUUAUCAGCUGAUAAACAUGACCUCCAAAUCAAAAUUUCCAAGCUGAUCACUUUACUAGAACAGGUGGAGGGGAAAUAUGACGAGUAUUGUCAAAAAAUGGAAGAAUUAAUGUCAUCAUUUGAAGUGAUAGCAGGAGAAAGUGCAGCAAAAUGUUACACUGCAUUAGCCUUGCAAGCAAUGUCUAGGCAUUUUUGUAGCCUAAGAGAUGCCAUAGUAACCCAAAUUAAGGUUGCUAGGAAAAAAUUAUCACCCGACUUACCUAAAAUUGGCAGCGGGUUAUCCCAUUUAAGUUUGUUUGAUCGCGAGUCCAGGAAUAGCAAUAGCAGAAUGUCCCUCCAACAGAUUGGACUGAUCCAAGGAGCUCAUCGACAAGCAUGGCGGCCCAUUCGAGGGCUCCCUGAGACCUCGGUGGCCAUCUUACGUGCUUGGCUCUUUGAGCAUUUCCUUCAUCCAUACCCAAAUGACUCUGAGAAGCUUACCUUGGCAUCACAAACUGGCCUUACAAAGAAUCAAGUUUCAAAUUGGUUUAUAAAUGCAAGAGUAAGAUUGUGGAAGCCAAUGAUUGAAGAAAUGUACAAAGAGGAAUUUGGGGACUCUUCAGUAGAUUCUUCAGGGGAAGGUCAUUCUGAAAGAGCAGAAGAUCAAUGAGAUGAUGAUUUUGUUUGUGCUUGAGCUUCAAAUAGUUUGUUGUAUGAAGAAGCAAAGCUUUUUGUAAAUGUACUAGUACAUUAGAUGCAUUAGUUUAGCUGAAAUCAGAGCAUAUUGAUCUCCUUCAUGAGAUGUUGUAAUGAAGAUUUUGAUCAAUUUUUGUACUAAUCUUCUUGUUCUGUAGUUAAUCUUUUAGUUAAGCUUGUAGUCA